CUCCAAAUGAAACAAAUUAAUAAACCUAAAUUGGAGAGAGAGACAUAGUUUUUGAUAAAAGAAAAGUUCAGCACAAGAGAGAUCGAGGUUAUGGCGGAAGAUAGAGCUAACAGUUGCGAAGAAAAGAAGGCGGUACCGCGCCCUAAAAUGCCGGAAUCGCCCAACUCCGGCGACUCAGUUGACGCUCCUCCCAAUUCCAAACCGAGAAUACCGAAACUGGACGAUUUCACAACGAAGAAAACGAAUCAAGCUGAAUCCCCUGCCAAUGGCGGGAACAAGGGAAGAUCGUGCAAAGGAUGCCUCUAUUAUUCUUCGCAAUUGAAAUCCGAUUCGAGGAAUCCUCUCUGCAUCGGCCUCUCCCGCUCCCUCCCUGCUGCGCCUCGAUAUAUUGUUGGGAAAUCUGAGAUGGAAGCAUCUAAAGAGGGUAAGAUCCUCAGGGAUUUUAAAUACGGUUGCGUUGGUUAUUCUAUUUACGCCGACCAAAAGAACCGGACCCCUGAUGCACAACAGUCUGAACCGGAACUGCCGAUCUGCAUGGGACUUGAGGUGUUAGUGGAUCGGAAAAUCAAAGAAUCUUUGCCUGAUGGAAACAGAUUACCAGUACCACAGCAUCGGUCACCUCAACCAGCUAAUUCCAGUCGGGACGAGUUUCUGAGCAGGUUUACGCGAAAUGCAAACCUGAUUGCAAAUGGGGUGGCGAAGAACAUUCGUAGAGUAGGGAACCAGAUAAAGCGAAGCCUGGAUGAUAUCAUGUAUCCCUACGGAAAAAGACCAAAGUAAGUGAAGGCGGAUCGAAAUGCGUGGUGGAUAUUGUGCGAAUGUGCUGUAUGAAACCGAACACAAAACUUUGAUAAAUAUUAACCCUUGGUCCACGA